GAUGCUAUCAUUAAUAUUUCUCACCUUUAGAAAAGAGCGCAAAAGAAAAAUUUAACGUGAUAAAAGUGAUAAAUUAAAAGAGUGUUAAGAGAGUGAUAAAAAGACGAUAAAAGGGCGAUAAAGCACAAAUGCAGUUAACUACAGUGAAGCCCGGGCAAUGGAUGUUGGCAAUGUACGCGCUCAGAACAACGAAAACGAACAGAAUGUCCGCGCACAAAUAACACUAACACAACUACAGUAAACACUGCCGCAGCACACACCAAACACAAACACUAAAAAACAAAACAAAAAGCAAGUCUCUUCACUCAAAACGGUUAAAAAUCCAUUUAAAAAUCAAACAAACAGAGCACAAAACAUCGAAAAGUCUCCGUAGAACUUGUGCAGUAUCCACUAGAAAUCCAAUAACCCGAAUAAAAUAAACCAUAAUGUUUAACUUCCAUAAACCGCGCGUUUAUCGGUCCGCCGAUGGUUGCUGUAUUUGCCGGGCUAAAUCGAGCAGUUCCCGAUUCACGGCCUCCCGGAAAUACGAAAAGGAGUCGAUGCAGUGCUUCAAUCUCCACGAGCCGCGAAACGGCGAGAUCUGCAACGCCUGCGUCCUUUUGGUCAAGCGGUACAAGCGACUUCCCGUCGGCAGCAAGCGCCACUGGGGUCAUGUGGUGGAUGCCCGUGCUGGACCCGGAACCAAAUCCCUGGCCAAACAGAAAAAGCGCGACAACGCAGAGGCGGAGGCCAAGGCCAAUGGCAACUCAUCAUUCCUGCCCGAGAAGUUUGCCAAGAUCUUUAAGAAGAAUCGCAAGGGCAAGAUAACAGCAGCGACGGCGUUGACGGCGACUUCUCAAACUGUAGCAUCUCCAUUAGUUUCCGGUGCUAUCAAUCGUCCAAGCAGCACUUCACCUACCUCCGACCAUCAACCUAGCGAUUCCAACGAAAGCUUUGACGACGAACAGCAGAUGCCAGGAUCAGGGUCAGGAUCCGGAUCCUUUGGAGCAACUGGGGCUCCGUAUCAAACGCGCAAGCGGACUGCGGCCGCUGCUCUCGCUAUUUCCGGCACCUUGGCGGAGGUCAGCAAAAGACCCAAACUGACCGGAAGUAAGCGACGCCGCCAAUUGCCACCGCAAAAGCAUCGACGAGCCAUCGACAAUGUGCCCUUUUUCGAGGACAGCGAUCUCGUACGCCUGGAGGUCUGUUGCGGCGUGGUCUUCCAGAGUUUAUCCCUCGGCAGUUGUUGCUACAUCAUAGAUCCGGAGCUGUACAAACCCUGCGAGAAGCACCAACGUCUGCGGCACCAGCAGCUUCAGCUCCAGCAGCAGCAGCAUCAACAGAAUCAUCAUCAGGAUCAGCAAAUGGAGACCAUCAGCAGACCCAACUCCAUACCACCGCCAGCGACACAAGUUCAAGGCCAGGGACCAAAGAUGGGCCCACUCAAGAAGCACCAUUUAUUCUUCAAACGACAAUCGGAGUCAUUUCCGCAGGGCGAUAUCCAUAGAAUAAGUCCAAUUCCAUUGAGCAAGACUGAAACGAAUAGCCAGCAGCAGCAGCAGCAACAGCAGCCACAUUCCAAUCUGUCGCUGAUCCUCAAGUCAAAUGCCACUGUCCAAUCACAGUCGCAAGUGGUAUCCGUUGGCGCCGCAUCACCUUCGUCGCUGUCCUCCUCCUCCAACUGCUCCACCUCCUCCUCGGUGGCCACCAAGUUCAACGACAACUCAUCCGAUUCGGGAUUCGAUGAGCAUGUGCUGGAGCGCAAGUCUGUUAGUCCACCAACGCAAGAUGAGUGGAAACUGCGUGGAGCAACAACGGGUGGCAUGCAAUUGAUCCUGGCCAGCGGUCUGCCACUGGCUGGUCAACCCCAAAAUCUCGUGCUGGCGGGGAACGAGUUUACCGCACGGAUUGUACAACAGCGAGAAUCUGGUGCUAAUGCUGGUGGUGGUGGUGGUGGUGGUGGAGGAGCUCCUCUCAAAAUCAAUGUGCUAGGUGGAUCUCAGGGAAAUAGCAGUAAAUUGCGUGCAAUAUUCAAUAGCGCCAAUAGCAUUCAGCAUGAGAACGGAGUGACCACCAUUUUGCCAGCAUCCUCGCUGGCGGCGAGCAAUCAAACGGCUGCCAUGAAUGCAAUUGCGCCCAGCACGGUGACCAUAACGCCAGCAACAACUGUGGUGGGCAAAAAGGUGACGGCGGUGCCAAAUCCCAAAUUUAUACUGAUAAAGCCCGCCAAAUUUGUUGCCCAAACGGCAACGUCGAUGAUGACAACGACAACGACGACGGAGCCACCUGCUCCACCUCCUCCUCCUCCAGAAGCCAAAAUCGUAUAAGCGAAACGAAAACGAAAGAGAGAGAGAUGGAGAUGGAGAGAUAGAUAGAUAGGAGAUGCCAAGCGUCUGGCAGGGAUUCCCCCGACCCUGUUACAAUUGUUAUAGAUCCAAGCUCCCUUUUACUCCCUUUUUUUUUUUGUAUGCAUCAUUUUUUUAUCUCAACGUUUAUAUUUAAUCUAAGAUGUGCCCCAAAGCAGUGCAUAAUGUACAUAUAUUAUACAAUCAACGCAAUUUAUUUGUAUCCAUCUACCCCCCCACCCUCUACAAACAUUGUUUUGUAGGAUACUCAGCCGAAGCAGCAGCUCCCCCAUAUCAUUUUUAAGCAUAAUAUUUAACAUUUCGCGAAAUGCACCUUUAUAUCCUAGACGUUAGUUUAUGUACAUACGAUUUAAGCCAGCCUAAUGACUUGUUUUUGUCUAGUUGCCCAACUUAGUCAUCGUCUGCGCAAUCCUUACGUUACCAUGUUGAGCGGAAUGAAACGGAUUGAACACGAAACAGAGAGCAUUUUUAAAAGCGAUUUACCGCAUUAGUUGGACGUGUAGUAGUUCAGUGCCCUAGUAGUCUGUAGUUGAACACAAAGUUCGCCCCCCUUUUAUUUCCCCCCCGCCAGCAAGGGGGAAAGAGCGAAUAAAACCACUCAAACACACAGAAACAUACAAAUUGUAGCCUUAGGAAUGCCUAAACAAAGUAAAAAAAAAAAAACAACAACCGUAGUGUGUUACAAGAUAAU